CAACUGGGGGAACUUUGCCGCGAAGGCUCCUUCCUGUCCUCGACUCCGCCCCCGCCGGAGGGGCUCGGCUCCGGAAUUCAAGAUGGAGUCGCUGAGUCGAGCUGGACAGGAGAUGAGCCUAGCGGCCUUGAAGCAACACGACCCCUACAUCACCAGCAUCGCAGACCUCACGGGCCAGGUUGCUCUGUACACCUUCUGCCCCAAGGCCAACCAGUGGGAGAAGACUGACAUAGAGGGAACCUUAUUUGUAUAUCGAAGGUCAGCCUCACCGUACCAUGGUUUCACUAUUGUGAAUCGACUGAACAUGCAUAAUCUAGUUGAACCAGUGAAUAAAGACUUGGAAUUUCAGCUUCAUGAACCAUUUCUUCUAUAUAGAAAUGCAAGCUUGUCAAUAUACAGUAUCUGGUUUUAUGAUAAGAAUGACUGCCACCGCAUAGCCAAACUCAUGGCCAAUGUGGUAGAAGAGGAGACACGGCGGUCUCAGCUAGCUGCUCGGGAUAAGCAGAGUCCUAGUCAGGCCAAUGGCUGCAGCGACCACAGGCCUAUUGACAUCCUGGAGAUGCUAAGCAGAGCCAAGGAUGAGUAUGAGAGGAAUCAGAUGGGUGAUUCAAACAUUUCCAGCCCUGGGUUGCAGCCAAGUACUCAACUCUCCAAUCUGGGAAGCACUGAGACUCUAGAAGAGACACUGGCUGGGUCGCAGGAUAAGUCUGCUCCAUCUGGACACAAACAUCUGACAGUGGAAGAAUUAUUUGGAACCUCUUUGCCAAAGGAACAGCCAGCAGUUGUGGGUAUGGAUUCAGAAGAAGUGGAGAGACUGCCAGGAGACGCCUCACAGAAAGAGCCCGGCUCAUUCCUGUCAUUUUCCCUUGAGCAGUCAGGAGGGGCUGCUCCGUCGGAAAACCUGAGUGUCCAUCCUGCUGCCCACCACUCACUGCAACCUGAAGUCACGACCCCGGUGCUAAUCACUCCUGCCUCGAUCACACAAUCCAAUGAAAAGCAGGCCCCCAGCUAUGCGAUCCCUCUACGCCCUGUCCUCAGUCCCACUCUGCCAACAGAAGCUCCUGCUGCCCAGGUUCCCCGCACCACCGUGAUGCAGGCAGUGAAGACUACACCCAGACAGAGGUCUCCACUGCUGUGUCAGCCAGUCUCUGAGCUGACUCACACCAGUCUGACUGCCAACCAGAGUCCCUUCAGGGCCCCACUGAGCAUGACAAACACAGCUGGUACAUCCCUCCCAAGCGUUGAUCUUCUCCAGAAACUCAGGUUGACCCCACAGCAUGACCAAAUACAGACACAGUCACUUGGGAAAGGUGCAGUGGCACCCAGCUUUUCUCCAGCAGCUGGCCAGCUGGCUACACCUGAGAGCUUCAUAGAGCCUUCCCCUAAGACGGCAGCAGCAAGAGCCGUAGCUUCAGCCUCCCUGAGCAACAUGGUGCUUGCUCCCCUUCAGUCUAUGCAGCAAAAUCAGGAUCCUGAAAUCUUUGCCCAACCUAAGGUGUUGUCCAGUGCCAUCCCGGUUGCAGGCCCCCCACUUGCUACUGGAACGACCACAGCAGUGUCUUCAGUCCUGCUGUCCCCCAGUGUUUUCCAGCAGACCGUUACAAGGUCCACAGACCUUGAGAGGAAAGCAAGCUCCCCUUCUCCUCUAACUGUUGGGACAUCAGAAAAUCAAAGAAAGCCUUCCAUCAUUCUCAGCAAGUCUCAGCUCCAGGAUACAUUAAUACAUCUAAUAAAGAAUGAUUCCAGCUUCCUCAGUACACUUCACGAAGUCUACUUGCAGGUUCUGACCAAGAACAAAGAUAAAACCCUCAACCUAUGACUGGAGGAGAAUGAAUUUGAAGGCAGAAUGUCGACCUCAGAAACAAAUAGGCCUCAUCAUGGGAACUUCUAAACAGAACACUGAGUUUUAAGAAUCCUGAAAUUGAGCCUAUGAGAAAGAAACUCAUUACUCAAGAAUGUUUUCCAAGUGACGUUCUCAGUGAUAAUGGAGGUUUCACUGUGAAGCAUCACCAGCAGACCUUUGUUUUGACAAAA